AGCAAAAUCCAGGAGAAAAAGUUCAAAGUGGGCACAACGUGGGUUAUUACGUGAGAGAGGGGACAGACGCAAGAGAGAAGAGAGCUCCAUCCUCGAACGAGUCAUUCGAGUACAGGCAAACUACAAACACCACCCAUCCAUCCAUCCAUCCAUCCUCCGUUACACCCGCCCGCCACGACUGAACGACUCACGACGAAGAGUCCUCCGCGAAACUUUCACCCACGCGACGAGCAGCACUCGACCCGACAAACCCCGUGCGCGACAGUCACGACAGUCACAAUACUCACAAUGGCCGCCUUCCCGCCCCCUCCGGUCAACACCAUUGACUGGUCCAAUGUCGGCUUCAAGGUCCGCGAAGUCAACGGUCACAUCGAGUCGACCUACUCCGUCUCGACCGGCCAAUGGACGCCCCUCAAGUUUGUCGCCGACCCCUUCAUGCGAAUCCACGGCAUGGCACCCGCCCUCAACUAUGGCCAGCAGGCCUACGAGGGCCUCAAGGCCUUCCGUGCCCCCGGAGACCAGACCAUCAACAUCUUCCGCCCGGACAAGAACGCCGUGCGCCUGCAGCACUCGGCCGACGUCGUCUCCAUGCCCCGCGUGCCCGAGGACCUCUUCCUGGCCGCCUGCAAGGCCGCCGUCUCCCUCAACGCCGGCUACGUCCCGCCCCACGAGACGGGCGCCGCCAUGUACAUCCGCCCGCAGCUGUACGGCUCGUCGGCCCAGCUCGGCCUGAGCCCGCCCGAGGAGUACGUCUUCGCCGUCUUCGUCAUCCCCACGGGCGUCUACCACGGCACCCACCCGGUCAAGGCCCUCAUCCUCGACGACUUUGACCGCGCCGCCCCUAACGGCACGGGGCACGCCAAGGUCGGCGGCAACUACGCGCCCGUGCUGCGCUUCAGCGACCGCGCCCGCACCGAGGGCUACGGCAUCACGCUGCACCUCGACAGCGUCCGGCACGAGGACAUUGACGAGUUCAGCACGAGCGGUUUCAUCGGCGUCAAGAAGCAGGGCGACGACGACGUCACGCUCGUCGUGCCGGACUCCAAGUGCGUCAUCGACAGCGUCACGAGCGACAGCAUCCAGCACAUUGCGCGCAGCUUCGGCUGGAAGGUCGAGAAGCGAGUGAUCAAGUACGGCGAGCUGCCCACCUUUUCCGAGGUCAUGGCGGCCGGCACGGCGGCGGCGCUGGUGCCGAUCCGGUCCAUCACGCGACGGGUCGAGGCGACCUCGCCGCAAUCCCUCGUGGCGGCGGCGGGCGCCCAGGAGCGGGUCAGCAGCGCCAAGGCCGGCGAGGAGACGGUGACGUUCAUCCCUGAGGGCCAGGAGGAGGCCGGCGACAUCUGCCUCAGGCUGCUGUCGACGCUCAAGGGCAUCCAGCUCGGCAAGCUCAAGGACGAGUUCGGGUGGAACGUUGCUGUCGGCGCGGCGGACGGCACGGCGGUCGCCGGUGAGCAGAAGACGAACGGGUCGGCGUAGACGGUUGACCAGAUGGACUGAAAAAGAGAGGAAUAGAGAGACAGGGAAAGAGAAGUGGCCUGUUGGUCAGACUCGCCGAGAAUGGCAUGACAUGGAAAUGACAUGGUCUCCGUUUGGGUCGGCGCCUGGGAUGGGUUGAACAAAAGAGUUAAAAAAGUAAAAAUGGGAACGUGAAAAAAACAAAGGAAGAAGCACUUGACUGGAUUGGCGCUGUUGAACACUCGAACGGUUGGUUUUUCGGUUGGUUGGUGCUCAACCUCGUGUCCGCAGUCCGAGGAAUAAUAAUGAGACCUCGCAAGAGCAAAACAAUUCUCCCCGAGUGUUGCCCCUGGUCUGUACGCUUACCCCCCUUUGGUGAAUCCC